UACAGUGAAAUUUUUUAAAAUACAGUUUGAGAGAAAAGCUGAACGCCUUCACUUCCUGCGGUACAUCCCGUAACAUGCCCGCGUCAUGCCGCAUGAGGCGCCAGUGACGUCACCGCGACUCCAUCUACGCACCGGUCACGGGGAGGAGCCGCGAUUUUCGGCGGAGCUGAUGGAGGGUCACGAACUCUGACCCGCCGGGAACCGGCAGCGGCAGUAACGGUGGGAGGAUAACCGGGAGAGAUAUACACGUGGUUCAGCCCCAUCUUUCGGAUAAAGAUUGAAUUUAAAACUGGCUAACACACAGAUCCAAAAGGAUUGUACCGCGAAGAGACAUCAUGGCAUCCAUAGAGGAACUAGCGCAUCAGAUUAUCGAGCAGCAAAUGGGAGAGGGGGAAAUUACACAUGCAGCACUAAUGGAUGGAAACACGCAGAGAAUACAGAUAGUUCCAUCCGAAUCUGGUGUUUCUGUACCACAACGAAUACAGUUUGUCACAGAUCAACAAACCGGCCAGAAGAUUCAGAUUGUAACCACACUUGACCAAAGUGGAGGAAGCAAGCAAUAUAUCUUGACCAAUAAUGAUGGGUCUUCUUCAAGUAAAGUUAUCCUUGCAAGGCAGGACUCCAGCCAGGGGAAAGUUUACCUGACAACUCCCGAUGCAGCCGGCGUCAAUCAGCUGUUCUUCUCCAGCCCAGAUGUAUCAGCCCAGCACAUUCAGAUCCUGUCGGAUGCCCAGGGGAUGGAUCAAAGUUUAAACAAACCAAUUGUGGACCUCUGUGUGGUUUGUGGUGAUAAAGCUUCAGGGCGCCAUUAUGGAGCGGUUACGUGUGAAGGGUGCAAAGGGUUCUUCAAAAGAAGCAUCAGGAAAAAUUUGGUGUACACCUGCAGGGGAUCAAAAGACUGCGUCAUCAACAAGCACUACCGUAACCGAUGCCAGUACUGUCGGUUGCAGCGUUGUAUUGCUCUAGGAAUGAAGCAAGACUCUGUGCAGUGUGAGAGAAAGCCAAUAGAAGUCUCCCGAGAAAAAUCCUCGAACUGUGCUGCAUCCACCGAAAAAAUCUACAUUCGAAAAGAUUUGAGAAGUCCCCUCGCUGCAACCACUACAUUUGUGACUGAUAACAAGACUGUAAGGUCCGCAAACUUAGUGGAUCCAGGAAUGCUUGUGAAUAUUCAGCAAUCGGGGAUUAAAAGUGAGCCAGUGCUCAUUACACCUGACAAGGUAGAGACAUGUCAGGGAGAUCUAAGCACUUUGGCCAAUGUUGUCACUUCGCUUGCAAAUUUGAGUAAAUCAAAGGACUUGUCACAGACCAGCACCGAGCUGUCCAUCAUAGAAAGCUUGAGUAAUGGAGAUACAACCCUUUCUGAACUUCAACCAGAUCAAGGCAGUAGUGAAGUAACCAGAGCAUUUGACACACUGGCCAAAGCCCUGAAUCCGUCAGAAAACUCUGCGCAGAGCUCAUCAGAGAGCGUGGAAUCGAACUCCAACCUACUUCACGACAUCAAUAUUGUUGAGAUUGAAGGCCCACUCCUUAGUGAUACCCACAUAGCCUUUAGACUCACUAUGCCUACGCCGAUGCCUGAAUAUCUAAACGUGCAUUAUAUUUGUGAAUCCGCGUCACGGUUAUUGUUUCUGUCUAUGCAUUGGGCCCGGUCUAUCCCUGCCUUCCAAGCUCUUGGGCAAGAAAACAGCAUCAACUUGGUGAAGGCUUGUUGGAAUGAAUUAUUUACACUUGGCCUUGCUCAGUGUUCCCAAGUAAUGAAUGUGGCUACUAUUCUUACAGCGUUUGUUAACCAUCUCCACACCAGCAUGCAGCAUGAUAAGUUGUCUACAGAUAAGGUGAAGCUGGUGAUGGAUCACAUCUUCAAGCUGCAGGAGUUCUGCAACAGCAUGGUCAGACUUGGUCCUGAUGGAUGUGAAUAUGCCUAUUUAAAGGCAAUUGUCCUUUUCAGUCCAGAUCACCCGGGAUUGGAAAAUGUGUCUCACAUUGAAAAACUACAUGAGAAAGCAUACAUGGAAUUUCAAGACUACGUAACAAAAACCUAUCCAGAUGACACAUACAGGUUAUCCCGACUCCUGCUCCGGUUGCCAGCCCUAAGACUGAUGAGCGCGGCCAUCACAGAGGAGUUGUUCUUUGCAGGCCUGAUAGGCAACGUACAGAUCGAUAGUAUCAUUCCAUACAUUCUGCGCAUGGAAACAGCCGACUACAAUUCUCAAAUAAUUGGCCUGACUGCAUAGUGUGCUUCAGCAAUGCAGACACAAGAGAGUUUGACUUCUUCUCAGCAAAUCUAAAAUAGAAGAAAAUGAUCUCUAAAAUAAACUUUGUACACAUUUCAGUUCAAAAUCCCAGCCUUGAAAAAUACCAUUUGUAAAUUGGUAUGAGAUGGUGGGUAACAAAAACUGUGCCUUUUGGCAUAAUGUAAAUAUGUUUAUAUUUAUAGCUAUAAAUAGAAGCAUUUCUAUAUUGUAACAGGGCUACUGCUGUUCAUUGGCUUGGUCUUUCAAAGAUGCCAAGAGCAGUGUUAUUCCCAUACAGUAUGAGUAUUAUUUCACAGCAUAGUGCAAUUUACCGAAAAGUCAAGUGUCGCAUGAUUAGCAUUUGUUCUACCUGAACCAGAAUUGUGCAACAAAGAAAACUUUUUAUAGAAGAAAAUAUGAAGUGUUUUGGACAUUGAGGAUUAGACACCUUUUUUUAAUAUAAUGAAACUUGAUAUGCAUUCUAUAAGAAUCAUAGUUCUUACUUAAGGAAUAGAUGGCAUUUCCGAGGGUUUUCCUCAUUCCUGCAUGGAAUAAAGAUGUUUCCCUUUGUACCCUUUUCACGGUAAGUGCACCCUAGGGACAAAGGGCUUAAAAGUGUAAAGUACUUGUUGCGAACAAUCAUUUGCUAACAUUGUCAAACAAUGUGAAUCGGAGAUUGAUGGCUACAUUUUGUAAAAGAAAAUAAAUUAUAAAAAGAGGAAAAAAAGCUUUAGAGCUCUUACUACAUGUACAUAUAUGUGGUUUUGAAUAUGAGAGACUUUAGCCAUCCAUUACACUUUGUGAAUCUUUUAUUUGAGUUGUCUCAAACAUUUCUGACGAUUAACUUUUUUCUCUUCUACCUUCUGUGACCUCUUCAUAUCAUUUUGUGUAUUUUCUACCAACCCUGGUCUCAGUUGGACAUGAUCUAUACCCUGCAUUACAAAAACAGUACAUUUCCCCCAAAAAGCUAACUCUUCUCACGUUGUUCUGAAUAAAGCUGUCAUAUUCACACAAAAAUAUAUAAUUAGUAUGAGUACAUUUCCAUUUCAUUAUGUAUUAUAUGUUAACGAUUACUGGCCUCAAUGUGACAAAUGCCAUAAUCAUGCCUUUGCUUGGCUUGACUUAGUCACUCCUUGGGUUGCUUUCAUAAAAUUGUGGGUUUGCAAAUGAGAUGAACGUUUCAGUGCCUUGCUAUAACUGUGUUAUAAAGGGCCAACAGCAGUAAUCUUACUGAUGAACUUACUAGGCAUCAUUAUGUUGGAAUUGCCUCUUCAUAAUGCAUAGUUAUAUCAGGGGGCUGAAACCGUAACUCACUCACAAAUUUCUAAUUCAAUGCACUCAUACACCCAAAGAAUGGUGUAUGUUUUAAACAGAUGAGCACUUUGUUCUUCUAUCCUUUUUAGUGAGAAAAAAAUCCCUGUUGGUUAACUAGAAAUCCCAGAAUCCUCAGCCAUACUAUGUGAUGUAGUGUAGUCCAUAGCCCAGCCGCAUCCUAAGUAUUUCUUUUCCCAGCACUGCUAGAAAAGAACUUGGGUGUUGUAAAAAUGCAAAGAACAUUCCGAAUGGGAAAAAAAGUUAAUAAAAAUGAAUGAAAUCCGAACAAUACGAUCACUAAUCUAAGUAUAUGCUGGCACUCAAUAAAUUGGAAGUUAUUUGAGACCAUCCUGUAGAAACUGUAUGCUGGUAGACUACCAUUCAUCCAUUCCAUUUACACGCUCCUUGUUUAUACGUGCUGUUGCUUCAUCUUAUGUUGUAUAAAAACUACUGUAAAUGUAUUCACUCCUAAUGGAAAUUGUAAAUUCUAUUUUGGCUGUAUUUUUUAAGAAAUAUACUGUACCUUUUUAUGAAUAGAAUAAAAUUCAAACAAUUGUUUUGUGUUCUUAGGUAAA